AUGCGAGACGUUGAGAACGCCUGGCCACCAGGCACGCCUUGCGAAUUCGCGUGGAAGGGGCGGUGGUACCGCGCCAUCUCCAAUGGCGUCGUGGACGACGUCCUCGAGCUGCAGGAGGUGCGGGCACGCGCAGUGACGCAUGUGGAGCUUGAUGAGGUUGCUGGUUCCGUCGUCCCCAAGGGCACGCACUUGGAAUGGACAGCCGAUGACGAGCGCAAGUCGGCAGCUCUUGCGCGCGCUACUGCCGGAGAGCCAGCAAAGUGCAACAAGCCAGGUGCCGACAGCUCGCGGAAGAAGCAGCCUGCUCCAGAGGCCAGCGAGUCCGCGCCCAAGCAGGCACGCAAGCAGCCUACGGAUGCGCAGCAGGCUGCACGCAGUCGAGAGCCCGACUCUUCGGACGAGGAUGCCAGCGAGUCCGCGCCCAAGCAGGCACGCAAGCAGUCUGCGGAUGCGCAGCAGGCUGCACGCAUUCGAGAGCCCGACUCUUCGGACGAGGAUGCCAGCGAGUCCGCGCCCAAGCAGGCACGCAAGCAGCCUGCGACUUCACGCAGCCAAGAGCCCGACUCUUCGGAAGAGGAAUCGGGGAGCGCGAGUAUGAGCGAUGACGAGGAUGGCGCAGUGGACUGGCUGAAGGAGGGCCAGACCUCGGGCCACGCCUUCAUAAGCAAGCGCGUCGCGAUUCAGCACGACGGGGAGCUCGCGAAGGGCACCAUCACCAUGUGGGUCCCGGCAAACGAAGACGCAGGCGACGAGGCGCUGUUCCAUGCCGAGGCGGCAAUCGCGCUCCUCGAAGAGGCCGAGACCGCGGCCAAGGCGCGUGGCAAGCGCAAGGCAUCGGCCACUGCUGCUGCGGAGCAGGAGGAGGACGACGUGCAGAUCACCGCCACUUCAGGAUGCGUCGCUCUCUCAGACUUCCCACAUUCCCGUGAGCACUGCUUGAAGUUCAAGCUGGUCGAUGGCGCGGCGCAGCACUGCACAAACUGCUACUGCUACGUGUGUGACAACCCCGCCUCGACUUGCGACGAGUGGACUUCGCAUUGUCAUGCGGUGCACACGUCGUCCGCGUGGCAGAAGCUGCGGAAUGAGCGGCGGCAGGCCACGACACAGCCAGCGACAAAGGGCGGUGGCAGCGGCAACGUUGCGAAGGAGGCGUGGAGCGGCGAUCAACUUCUUGAGGCGGUGACGCAGGUGUACCCUCGCGAAGAGGCAGAGCCGCGCGGGCUGCGGAAGGGGACGCAGCUCCGGCCGUACCAGCGGCAGUCUCUCGCCUUCAUGACGGACGUCGAACAAAGCAAGGGCAAGAGCCUGCUCGGAAGCGACGGCCAGCGCGGCGGGUGGCUGUGCGACGAGGUGGGCAUGGGCAAGACGGUGGUCGCCAUCUCGCUGGUCCUCGCAAACCCGUGCAUUGCGCCACGGCCACCACGCGGCCACGUCGAGCGCCAGGAGCGCGCCACCUACAAGACGACGCUCAUCGUAGUGCCGAGCAUGCUCGUGCAACAGUGGGAGGACGAAGUGCGCCGCUUCGCACCAAAGCUGCGAGUGAACGUGCUCUUCAAGGCGCCAGAGAAGGGGCCUCUCAAGGACUACCUGUACGAGUCUGUGACGCUGUCGUGGCACAAGAUCCAGAGGACCGUGGCCAAGUGCAAUGACGAUCUCACGACGUGGGUGCGGUGCGAGAUGCCGCCGGGUGGCGGCGCCGACGCGGUGACCAACGCGGGGCUGGUCGCCGCUCUCGAGCAGAGGGUGCGAGAGAUGGCGGCGCCAGGCGAGCUGCGAAGCGCAGAGGGCGUUGGAGGAGAGAUCUUUGUCGGCAACUACGACAGGGGCAACGGAGGGUACCCUGCCAACCGCCAGCUCACGCUCACCACCGCGGAGGUGGCUUCGCUCAAAUUGAGCGCGCAUGACUUGGCCAGCCUCGCUCGAAGCACAGGCGCUGCAGGCUAUGUUCGCCUCGCGGUGCUGCAGGAGCUUCCCAUGGGAUGUUCACUGCAUCACCCUUCCCUCUCGGUGAUUUUGAAGCCGCUGUGUUUCCGCCCGGUGCCGUCAAAGUCGUGGGAGGUCGAAGACCAGCUCGAUGACGUCGGCCAGCCCAUCUACAAAUCCGGCCUCAUCCUCGGCGAGAAGGCGCUCAGCGGCAGCAGGGUCGUCAUCGUGGAGGAGGCUCGCGGGCCCGCAGCUGACGUAGUCAAGCCGAAUCGCGUCCUCAUUGCGAUCAACGGCGAUAUGUGCAGCAGCGAAGACACGGCGCGUGCGCUGCUUGCAAAGGCCAGGUGCACGCCGGAUGAGCCGAUCGAGCUGCGCCUGCGGACGCAGACACGGCAGGCCCAGCGUGGCGCGCAGCCGGCGACCAAGAUUGCGAGGAAGGCCAGCAGCAACGAUGCUGACGACCUCGCCGACUGCGACGUGCUCAUCACCUGGCCAAAGGGCCUCGCCAAGCAGAACUUUGACCGCAGGCAGCUCGACUACCUGCAAUUUCAUCGGCUUAUUAUCGACGAGAGCCACCUGAUCGGCAAAUCGCACGCGGGCGAGGAGAUGACUCUCCAGUACUUGAAGGACGUGCAUGUGCAGGGAUCUGUAUGGCUGCUCACGGGCACGCCGCUCAGUGCGAGCGUCUCCGAGCUCGAGGCGCAGGCGGACGUGCUCGGCGCGAGCAAGUGGCUCGAGAAGCUAACGGGCCGGGACGCCUGCCAAGCCACCGCGGACGCGCUCCGUGCGCGCAUGAUCCGCCACACAAAGAGCCAGAGGAUCGACGGAGAGGUUGCGCUGGCUCUGCCAAAGGCUGCGUUCCGUGUUGAGUGGCUCGACUUGACGCCCGAGGAAGCCGAGGCUAACCGUCACCAUGCGUGCAUGAAAGCUGACGACAUCCCGGGUGGCGGCGGCGCGAGCGACGGCGGUGAGAACGCCAAGCACAACACGCGCAAGCUCCUCGCCAACCUGGAGCCGCGGUUCCUUCCUCAGCGCCUCGCGCUUUGCAACCACUUCACCGCCGCAAGCGCGAAGCCCGUGCAGCAGACGGCGACGAAGCUCCUCUGGCUGAAGGAGGAGCUGCAGACGCUGCUUGCGACGGAGCCGGACAUGCGCGUCGCCAUCUUUACGCACGACGACGCGGUGCAGGCUGCGCUCGUGAAUUGGCUCUCGGCUUUGGGCCAGGACGAGUGGGUCGUCGAUGACAUCAAGCAGAGCCUCAAGGUGACUGCGAGGCAGCGCAUCCUCGAUACGUUCCAGUGCAAAUCGGUCAAGGGCGCGCGCCUCGUCGUUGCCACGUUCAAAGUUGCGGCUGUUGGCCUCAAUCUCCACAACGCGACGCGGGUCUACCUGCUCGAGCCGGCCUUUGACCCGUCAGUCGCGGUGCAGGCCGCGGGCCGCGUGCACCGCCUGGGCCAGACGAAGGAGGUCAAGAUUGUGCAGCUCGCCUACCGCGGCACGCUCGACGUCCCGAUCCUCGCCGUCCACGAUCAGAUCCGAGAUGGCGUGCUCAAGCUCCAAAACGGCCUGCUGCCGCCCGCGGUGCAAGCCAUGUUCGACGCGUACCGCGCGAAGCACAAGGACCAGAGCUGCAACAACACAGCCGAGAUCAGCGCGAAGAUGAGGCAGCUGGCUACCGCCAGGAGCAGUGGCGAAUUUGAGGAAAAGCGUCGACUGGAGGACGAGAUGCCGCUACCCGCCACGUACUCGCAGUGCUCGAGCUGCGGCCGCAUCGACUGGUCCAAAGCCGUCUUCGAGGUUGCUGCACCGCGGCGAGCAGGAAAAGGGAUAGGCGCUAGGAUCGAUGUGCGCCCCCGCGGGAGCCUAUACGACACGGUAUCCGUCGACUUCCCUGCGGAUGCAAACGAGGGCGAGCUGUUCACCUUCCAGUACACCCCAGCUCCUGACACUAGCAGCUCGAUUGCCUUCGGAUUCAUGAGGCGGUGCACAGCAUUCAACGUGCGCCGGAUGCAUCCGAGCUCGUCGCGAGGCGGCAGCAGCUCGGGCGCCGGCUCCUCGUCGGGUGGUGCCUCCUCCUCCGGGGUGAAGAAGCUGAAGGGCGACGUCAAGCGCGACGCAAAGCCCUGGUGA